AUGCACUUACAAAUUCUCGAGGUCCAAAGAUACCAAGCACUUACGCACCAUGGACAACAAAAGAAGGUGGAUACUCUCAUCGGGGCCGACAAACGUCUUGAUGGAAGUGAGGGUCACUUAUCGGAUAUGCAACACACUGUGUUUCACUCUAUGACUGGAGCAAGCAUAAGAGCGGCAGCAAAAGUGCAAGGAGAUCAGUUGCUAAGAGAGCAGAUAAGAGAGCAGCGCAAGCGACACAAUACACAUACAACUAUCCACAACAAGGCUCAGAAUAGCCCUACUGCUACGAACAAUCGACAUAAACCGUACAACGGUGCACCCAAACAAACCAAGCCAAUAGGACAAGCCCGAGAGAAGAAAAGGGCGCGCAAAGAGCGUGCAUAUCCUUAUUGUAAGGUGAUGCCAGCCCCACAUCGAUUCAGUCAAUGCCCCCCGAAGGCAUCAAACCAGGCCAAACAGGCCGAGGAGCGUGUCCAAAGCGAUACGGAGGUAGCAAGAUUGUCCAUAUCUCCGGCAAGGUAG